AUGGGAAAUUGGAGUGGAACCCAUGUAGAGAAAUUCAUCCUGGUGGGCUUUCCCACCUCACAGCCCCUCCAGGUAUUUCUCUUUGUCCUCUUUCUGACCUUCUACCUGAUGACUGUACUGGAGAAUGCUCUCAUUGUGUCCACUAUAUGGCUUACUCCUGCCCUCCACUGCCCUAUGUAUUUUUUCCUGGGCCACCUGUCCUUCUUGGAGAUGUGGUACAUCAAUGUUACUGUCCCUCGGCUACUGGGAGCCUUUCUUACCCAGGAUCUUUGGAUCUCCUUUGUGGGCUGCAUGACCCAACUCUACUUCUUCAUCGCAUUGGCCUGCACUGAGUGUGUCCUCUUAGCUGUCAUGGCUUAUGACCGGUACCUUGCCAUCUGUGAGCCCCUCCGCUAUCCCAGCCUCAUGCCUUCAACUCUAGCUACCCGCCUUGCAACAGCUUCCUGGGGCAGUGGCUUCUUUAGCUCCAUGAUGAAGCUUUUGUUCAUUGCUCGGCAGUCCUAUUGUGGACCCAAUGUCAUCAACCACUUCUUCUGUGACAUAUCUCCUCUCCUCAACCUCACUUGUACAGACAAGGAACAGGCUGAGGUGGUGGAUUUCCUCCUGGCCUUGGUAAUGAUCUUGCUCCCUCUGCUGGCAGUGGCCUCCUCCUAUGUUGCUAUCAUUGUGGCCAUCCUGAGGAUCCCCACUGCCCAGGGAAGGAAGAAGGCCUUUUCAACCUGUGCCUCACACUUGGCAGUGGUUGUUAUCUUCUACUCCUCCACCCUCUUCACAUAUGCUCGACCUCAGGCUAUGUAUUCCUUUAACUACAAUAAAAUCAUAUCUGUAUUAUAUACUGUUAUUGUGCCUCUCCUCAACCCAGCCAUCUACUGCCUGAGGAACAAGGAAGUAAAAGAUGCCCUGAAGAAGGCAGUGCUGGGACGGUGUCACCAUCUUGGGGAUUCCCAAGAUUGA